GACUAAGUUUAUUUAAAAUAUUUAUUUAAAUAAGUUCCUCUUAAAAAAUUGUUAUUUAAUUAUUAAAAAUAAAAUUAAUUUAUUGAUAUUAAAAUAUUUUUGAAAAUUUUACAUAAAAUUUUUAAUAAUUAUUGUUGAAAAAAAUGAAAGCUUGGAGUAUUGCAAUAAUUCUUUUGAUAACGGUUUUCUUACAGAAUGCUGAAGGUCAAAUAAAAAGAGAAGAACCAAAACCGCAUCCAGAAUGUCCAACUGGUCCAAAUGAAGAUCCAGUACAUCCAGUACACUUAAGAUAUCCUGGUAAUUGUACAAAAUUUUAUAAAUGCCUUCGAGGUUUAGCAUAUCCACAUGAUUGCCCUGGCGGCUUAUAUUGGAGUCAUAAUAAUAUUAAUUGUUUAUGGGCAGGUCAAGAAGAUCCACCAUGUCCAUUUUGAUUUAUAUAAUACCAUAUAAGUUUUACUUCUUUAAACUUUAAACAGUAUACAAGUAUUAUAUUUAAAAAAAAACUUUUUUUUUUGUUAUAAAAUUGAUAAAUAUAUUGAAAACUUUAUUAAGAUAAAUUUGUAAAAUUGAAAAAUAAAGAA